AUGGAUAUCUUCCUACCUGUUCAUGCCAUCACAGAAGCUCUGGCGGGGAAUCUGUCUUGUGAUGCACUGUGUGUAUUUGUCCUGGCGUCAAAUAUAAUCAUCUUCAUUCUGGUCAUCGUGGGAAAUGGCCUUGUCAUUUGGAUCAUUGGUAAGACAAAGCGCACGGUCAACUCCUCAUGGUACCUGAGCUUGGCAGUGUCUGACUUCUUGUUCUGCACGACUGUCCCUUUCAACGGUGUCUAUAUGGCAACUGGACACUGGCAUUUUGGACUUUUCAUGUGUAAGUUCAUAUCUGUGGCCUUCCCCCUUAACAUGUACAGCAGCAUUUUCCUCCUGCUUGUCAUCAGUAUGGACCGCUGCAUGUGUGUCGUAUUUCCUGUGUGGACUCAGAACCACCGUACUCUGAGAAGGUCUUCUGCCAUCAUCGUCCUGGUCUGGAUUAUCUCUGCACUGCUAACUCUACCCUCCCUAGUUUUUCCUACUACACAGACUAUAAAAGAUCAGACCAAAUGCAUCCAUGAUCAUAAUUCCACAGCAUUUUCCUGUAAAAGUGUGGUGUUGAUUGGUUUUGUAUUUGGACUUGCCAUCCCUCUGAUGGUCAUUGUGAUCUGCUACUCUGUCAUUAUGCUGAAGCUGAGAGCCAAUUGUAUGAUGAGAUCCUACAAGCCCUUUAAGGUGAUGACCGCUGUCAUAAUAACAUUUGUGAUCUGCUGGCUUCCUUUCCAAAUCUUUCGGCUGAUGGAAGUUUACUAUGCGUCAUAUUCCGGUGCCCUGUUGAAGACAGGGUCCUUCGCACUUGCUGACAUCGUGCUACAGCACUGA